AUGAUUCCUGGCAACAAUGGUUUGCAAAGAUUGGCUGAUGGAGCUGCGCAGCGGGGCGCAGCGCGGCUGGUCCUCGAAGGGGAUGAUAACAUCGGAACGGGCGAGUUCGCGUGGAUCAUUGAUGCGCUGGAGUUGGCGGUAGAGAGCUGGGCAGAAAUCGAUGAGGUGAGAUUUUGCUUGCGUCAAGGAGGGGCUGUUCGAUUUGAAGAUUUCUGA